UCUCUAAUAUAUUAGCUUAGUUUUUAGCUGAAGGCUAGUUUAGUCGCAUUUCCAUGGUUGUCACUCUAGAGCUUUCCAUUUCUCGCAUAAACAGGUGAAUCGGUCUUCAGAGGUGGGUUGUGUUUUUCUUCCUUUUUUCACAGUGGAGUUUUUGUUAAGAACACGCCCCAAAAAAGAUAACUCGAACCUGAGGGAAGCUCCUGCUACGUGCCUCAGAUCGCUGGAGCUCUGCCUUUACAUUCACAUCCCUAAAGUUGCUUCGUGUGACACGCAUACAAAUUCACAAGGCUGAUCCAGGCACACUUGGAUAACUAAAGGACGUUGAGAAUAGGUGCAUGAUUUUGCUCUCUCUGGGAUUUUCCACUGGGAUUUACUACUGACACCCCGAACCUGUGCCUGAACCCUGAUCCUUUAAGGAAACGUGCAUUUCUUCCUGCUUCUCCUCAGGUCCCUCCAGCCUAGGACGGUUCAUUUGGCUGAGGCUACUCUGACCCUUACAAAGCUCAGCCUGUGCACCCUAAGCAUACUGGCUAAAGGGAUCAUGAACAGAACAACCAGACGCUGGAGUCUGCAUAUCUUUCUUUGCCUAGGGAUCGUAUAUCUUAAAAUCGGGGGUUUUUCCUCGGUGGUGGCCUUGGGGGCCAGUAUUAUAUGUAACAAGAUCCCGGGGCUGGCUCCAAGGCAACGGGCGAUUUGUCAGAGCAGACCUGAUGCCAUCAUAGUGAUUGGAGAGGGGGUGCAGAUGGGAAUCAAUGAAUGCCAGUUUCAGUUCCGAAACGGUCGCUGGAACUGCUCUGCCCUCGGAGAGAGGACGGUCUUUGGAAAAGAGCUGCGAGUUGGUAGCAGAGAAGCAGCAUUCACUUACGCAAUCAUUGCAGCAGGAGUAGCACAUGCUAUCACAGCUGCAUGCACCCAAGGAAAUCUAAGUGACUGUGGCUGCGAUCAAGAAAAACUGGGUCACUACAAUCAAGAUGAAGGGUGGAAAUGGGGAGGUUGUUCUGCUGAUAUCAGAUAUGGAAUUGCAUUUUCCAAAGUAUUUGUGGAUGCAAGAGAAAUCAAACAAAAUGCUAGAACACUCAUGAACCUACAUAACAAUCAAGCAGGACGCAGGGCUCUUGAAGACAACAUGAAAUUGGAAUGCAAAUGCCAUGGAGUUUCAGGUUCUUGUACAACAAAAACUUGCUGGACGACUCUGCCUAAGUUCAGAGAACUAGGAUUUAUCUUAAAAGACAAAUAUAAUGAAGCAGUUCAUGUGGAGCCUGUAAGAGCGAGCAGAAACAAGCGUCCAACAUUCCUAAAGAUAAAAAAGCCAUUUUCUUAUCGUAAACCCAUGGAUACUGACUUAGUUUACAUUGAAAAGUCUCCAAACUACUGUGAAGAAGAUCUAAUCACUGGUAGUCUGGGAACACAUGGUAGACUAUGCAACAAGACAGCACAACAGUCAAAUGGCUGUGAUCUGAUGUGUUGUGGGCGAGGUUACAAUACUCACCAGUACUCUCGUGUAUGGCAGUGCAACUGCAAGUUUCAUUGGUGCUGCUAUGUCAAAUGUAAUACAUGCAGUGAGAGGACGGAAGUAUAUACAUGCAAAUAAAAAUGUUUGUUGUGUAUAACAAGUAUGUGAAACUUAGAAGAUAAUUACAUUUUGCACAUGACCCCUCUUACCCUCUUAAAUAUUCAUAAAGGUGGGGUCUCAGAGAAAAAAGGAAUGACUGGAUUUCUGUAAUGUUGCAUUGUCUGUAUGAAAACAACAACAAAAGCAACAAAACAGCAGUCACAGUUGCGUGAGAUCUCUGAUGUUUGGUUCUUCAAGUGUAAAAGAAACGCAUCCAUACCUUAAAGGUUCAAGGGAAUUACACAUUAUAAAAUGAUCCACAUACCAGUCACAUAUUUCAAAGGCCAUAUUAUUACAUUUGAAAGCCAGAGGGGAAAACGUGUUAAUAUGCCAAGGAAGAUGACAGUAUGCAACAGAGGUUAACAGGGAUUACAAGUGAUACUUCCCCAUACUGAAUGUCUGCAUAAGGUGGGACCCAUGUAGGCUUAGAUCUCUGAAACAGUGUGGCUGUCUUGCCUGGAUAGGCAUCAGAUGAUUAGGUUAACAAAGUAUUAUGGAUUCUGUCCCUUAGUAAGCACUAUGCCAUCUGCUUAUUUUGCUGCAAACUUUAACACACACACACUGUAAAAGAUGAAAACAUUGCUGGACAUUUAGAUGUAAAUGAUCAAAGAGUAAGUAAUGGCAAUAUUUAACAAAUUAUUUAGAGUAAACUAAUAUUAAUUUAUUUACUGUAAGUGAACCCUACCAAUGUGGAAUUACUCAGCAAUAAAAGGACAUUAUUUUUGCAGAAUACAUUUUAACAUAUAGCAGACACUGGAAAUACAACUGUACUACUGUUAGAUCUUAUCUGGAUUUCUUCAGACUAAACUUAGGCACCUGUUAUGAACAAAAUGUGUAUAUAAUAUAUGUUUGCUGCUAGUAGUCUGCACAUCAGAGUGGCAGAGGUGUUUGUUUCACAGCCUGUUAAAUAGUUGCAGGUUCAAAAGACAGGAGUCUAUUGAAUCUUUUUUUUGAAAUUUCAUUGGGAGCAUGACCCAACUGGUAAUCCAGGCACAUUUCUAUCAGUUGGUAACUGAACCAUAGGAUAAGAGAGUAUAUUUUGUAAAAGACUAUUUUUAUAUAAAUAUUUUAUUUAUACUUUUCUGCUUGUGUAACUCUGUAAUGUGCAUUUCCUUAAAACAGACAAGAGAACUACAGUUUGUGAUGAUAUUUAACAACAUCAAGGAUGAUUUUUUUGACUGAGCAAUAGAUAUCUGGAAGUGUCAAUAUGAAGAAUUAACAUUCUCACCUAUUAUCCAAUUUCAGAUAUUUUAAACUGACAACAUUUCUAUAUCAUAGCCUUUGUGAUACAUGAACUGCAAAUAGAUUUUUACCAACAAUGUUAUGAGCAAGUUUGAACUUUUUAUUGGUAUUAACAGAAUGCUUAGAAUUUCUGGUCUAAAAACUUGAAAUUAUUUCCCACAAGCAUCAGUCAUUAACAAUAACCAAUGUUCUGUAUGCUAUCCAUAAAGCUUUACAUUGUUUUGACAACAAACUAAAUUUUGUUGUAGCAGAAUUUGGAAUAUGGCUGCCAAAUUUAACAUAAUAUGCAGUGACUGGUUUUUGCAGAGCUAAUGGCUUAGAGACUUAAAUUUUGAUCAUAACCUAUUUAAGGUAAUUUAAGAAUUAUGGACACUCUUUUUGGAGUCUUUUUAAAUUCAUUUUGCACACAUUAAUGAACAAAGCUUACAAUGCACUGGUUUAUAGUUUGAUUUUGCUAUGUGUUGUCUAUCACAGGGAAAAUGUCAUACUGGUAUUAUAAUUCCUGAUCUGUCAGGAUACAACUCACAUGCUGUCACAUAAUUUGAAAUGAAAACUACAGUUAGAUCAUGCACGUCUCUGACUUACAAAAAGCAAGUUCUGAAUCAUGGAGGUGCUACAGGCAAUAGUGUUACCGCUUGCAAUUUCAUGGAUAGCUCAUGCAUUUAUUACAAGGGACAUUCAACUAGUACAUAUAACAAAAUCCCCCUUAAAAUAUUAAAAGUUAUUUACAAGGGAAACAGCUGAUUUAUAUAAUGCCUUUUGAAAAGAAACAUCCUGUUAUCCCCUAACGAGAACUCACACUGACUACUAGGUAUCAACUUUACUCAUUGAAAUGGAAAGCAGAACUGUGGUAUAUUUCAGUUUGCUGUAGCAUUUACUGCAUGUAUCACUAGUAUGCUUCAAUGUUCAGUUUUGUAGGUGGUAAGAACAUUCCCAACAUGUUAAGGAGCCUACAGUUAGAUAAAAGUGCACGUCUGAUAUACAGGCAGUAGUGCUCUUCACAGGAAUACAUGUAUACUUCCCCUUCAGCCCAACAAUUUGCAUUCCUCUGUGUUCUAAACACAUUUAAAUAUUGAUCUUGUAAAGUCAAGAUGCAUCUAUACUGGAUUGUCUACUAAUGGGAGGUGCAGCCAUCUUCAUAAUAUCUUCAACUUGUUUUAAAACAACAUUUCUGGAACUUUUAAUUAUUAUUAUUAUUGUUAUUAAUUUAUUGUUUAUAUAAUUUUUAUAUAAAAAUAGCUAAUGGCUCUGAAGUUGUUUUUUUCCAGAUUUUUACAAUGUUCAGAAUUUUUUGAGUGCCUUAAAAUAACAUCUGCCUUACAUCACGUUUUAUAAAAUAGCUAAGAAAGUACAGAACACAUAAUGCAACUUCUAGAACCUUUAACAUUUGCCAGACACUUAUCUAGAGAGGAUUUUAAUCACUAGUCCUGCUUAGUUAAAUUACCAACAAAAUUAGAAGUCAUUUAUAAUUGACUCACGCAUGUGCCAGAUAUAUGCACAUGGCCACAUAUUAGAAAAUUAAUGGACUUAGGUGGCAUGACUAUAUGAUCGUUCAUGUAUUUGUAUUGGGACAACAGUUUAGUUCAAGGCCUGACCAAGUUGGUAUGAGGUACUAGGUAUACUGUUAAAUCUUAUAAACUUUCAGAAUUUUCCCAUCUAAUCAUGCACCUACUAUAUAAAGAAACACAUAUGCCAUUUAUCCAAACACACCUGGAAUUUGCUUGUGUUGUGCACACUCUGUAGGACUGAAUAGGACCAAUGAUUUGCUGCAGAUAUGAAAUAAAAUGAAAAUUAAAAUGUAGAACUGAAUGAAUAAAGAUGACAAAUGAUGGGCAUAUAUUCAACAUUAUGCUGUGGCAUAUGAUAAAUAAAUAGCUGUGAAGUAUUAUUGCAUAACUGUGGUUGUAAUAUGGGAGUAUAUGAACGACUGCUAUCACCAUGUUACCAGCAUUAAAACAUGCAUGCAAAAUUACCUUUCAGAUCUAACUUCAUUUGUAGUCAAUUACUUGUUAACAUCUCUGUCCACAGGUUCAUACAAAUAGGCACAGUGUAACUCAUGUCUGCAUAUGCAUUGUAUAUGCAAGGGAGUGUACGGUCUAUGCAAUUCAUUACGUUAUGUAUCAAAAGUGGUUCAUCGCAUUAAUGCAUUUUAGGCUGAUGUCCUUUCCUUUGAGGCACUGUAAGAAGGAUAAAGGAUUAAUGUAAUUUCUGUAACAUCUUUAAUGAUGAUAAAACACUAAAUAGUUUGCUUGAACUGAAAGAAAUAUCUGGAUAUAACUGUCAUAUGUCUAACAUUACUUAGAUGUUCUGUAUGGUACGACAUUCUUAUGUAUUUCUAGGAAGAUGCACUGCUAGUGUGUCCUAACCAUCUCUCAUUGUAGAAAAUGUUAUUUUAAGAAAACGUACUGAAUGUGUAUUAUUAAACAUAUUCAUUGUCA